CGGCUCAGCGAGGCCAGCAAGAAGUAAGGGGGUAGUUCUAUGUGUGUGAGAGUCGUGCAUGUGUGUAUUUGGCUCACGAUAUCUCGAUACGAAAAAGUUGUUACCUGCUAAAAAUUCUUCGCCGCAUCACACUAAGGGAAUGACUACCUGACCGAUCUCAAGAAAACUGAAAAGAGAAAAAGGAUUCCGGUCCGAUUAAAAACACAGUUUCACUCCUAGAAUUCUGCAAAGACUUUGACUUUAAUGCUUCGAACUAGUGCGUUCCGUGAUUAGAUAGACUAUAGCGCAUACCAGCCGUGAGCGAGCAAAACAUCGAAUGAAGUGCUUUCGGCAUCCCUUCGCGAUGGGGAUGACAGUAAGAUGUGACAGAGACGGGGUGUUACGCGAGUUGCGUAUAAUAAGCUGCGGGACGAUGAUAGUGCAACUAGUCGCGCAGUGAAUUAGAUCGCCGAGAACAUCGACGAUUGCCAAGUGUCCUGUCUGAUUUAAAGCGCGCGCUAGUUUUUUAAACGUUUUCUCUUUAAACGCUGACGUGCGACAAUCGAGCGCACACUUCGCUGCUCCGAACUUUUGCUCUCCGACUUAAACGAUGUACUCUCUCUAAAUCGCGCUGUGUCAUUUUAUUUUUGUUUCAAAACUUCAUCCCGCAUCGGUGGAUCGACCAAUUGGACAACCGUGUGUAAUCUGCUAUACACGACCUGUUAACUGACCUACACGUUUGACGACAUCGCACGUGGUUCUCUCGCUGUCACAUCGAUCAUCCUAUCAUCGUUGUCGUCAACCUCGUCGUUGCCGUCGUCAUUGCCGCGUGUGGAUCUUUUGUCGGCGGAUUUGCCACGCACUUUAUCGCGCCCCCGUCUACCUUCUUGCCGCUUGUGUCUCUCCGCUUCUCCGUCCCGCGUUUAUCUACCCCUCCACCUGUCUGUCGUGGCGCUGCACACCCUCUCUCCCGCCACCAACCCCUCGUCGGACGCGCGUACCCGCACGAUUUUCCCUAUCCCCACCUGCCUCUUCUUCUUCCUCGCACCUCCGUUUCUUCCACACGCGCCUUCUUUAUUUACUCUGUGAAUUCACGGACCAACACGAUGACCACUCCGGUUUUCGUUCCUCGGUGAAAAUCGCGUCGGCGCUUCUGCAUUACGCGCACGUUUACUGCGUAUUCGUUAAUUGUUGAACUUUCUGGACAAUCUACAUCGUCGCAUUUCGUUCAAUUGUUGUAAAUUUUCCGAAAAUUGGAAAAACUGCUAACGCGUAUUUCACUUUUUUUUAUUUAUUCCGGUCAUGAUGACCGCACGACGACUUUCAUAUUUCGGGUGAACUUUUUUUUUAAACGUGAUUAAUAUUACUCUUGUGUUCCCUGUAUCGCACAAACCGGUCGUGAUUAUCGAACUUGUUGACGGUCACGGAACCGUCAUUCACGCGUAUUGACGCCGACAUCGGCAUAAAUAUUAUUAUAACACCGGUAAUAAACCGUCAUCAUCUGCACCAUCGCCGAUCACGUGGCUUGCUCAACGGCGACGCUGUACGACAAUGUUCAUGCCGCGCCGCUAUGUGGCUCCGGCAUGGGCCACCCUGGCUCCGUUACGCCGAUGGGGACAGCAACCGGAGCGGGGAAUUCCACCGGGGUGACCUGGUGGGCCAUGAUGAACGGUUCUCUUUACGAGGACAGCCCGCCGCCAGUUCCACCAACAGCUUCAACCCUCAUAUCCAUUCAACAGCAAACGACCUCGACACCGGGCUCUCAUCAGCAGGCAACAACACCGACUUCACCUGGUGCACCGGUGUCAUCGGCAACGACAGCGCCACCGGCGCCUACUGCGAGCGCCAGUUCAACUUCACCGAGCGCUUCUUCGGUAGCGAGCAACAGUGCGGCCGGACCACUCCAUAUACCCGCCAAGAGAUUAACGGCUACACCGGGUGGUUCUACUUACGGGGAAGUUGCUUGCGUAGAAUCCUCAGGCGGUACGGGCGCGGCAGGCGUGAUAAGGCACUCUCACUCAUCCUCGGCGGGGUCUCAAGGCGGUUGGAGUUACAGUCCGCAUCCUCCUCAGGACUCCCACUACUCGUCCACAGCAGCCGGCGAAUCGUUGAACCAUCAUCAGGCUUACGGGGGUAAUAAUCCCCCUACGUAUUACAACCUGGCGGCCGAUCCUACCUCGACCUCCGGUUCGUCUAGGGACAACCGGAAGGCCGGGGCUACCCUUAGUUUUUGGUCGCCCGCAACUGCUGGAUCGGCCGGUUCUACCUCGGAUUACAAAUCUUAUAACUCUGCCGGAGCGACAACGACACCAUCGUCUACCGGAGGCUCCACCUCCGGUGCCGCCGACCCAGCUGUGUCGUCCUGCCAUCAGAGUUUUUCUCAGAGUUGGUGUAACUAUACGCCAUAUACAACCGCGAGGCAUCAUCAUCCGGUCGACACAGCUGGACAUCAUCAUCCUCACUCGCAAGCGGGAGUACCGUACUUGGCGCCAUCCGCGGCAGAUGACCGCGGUAGGGUCACCGCUGCUAUGGUCGCUGCAGAAGGUGCCUUUCCUCACGAUGGAUACGGCGGUUUGAGAAACUAUGGAGCGCCCGAACCCGUUACUUCGAGUCCCUACCCACCUCCAGGUUCGCUUGCGGGUGUCGGCGUCGGGGUUGGCGUAGCCGGGAUGGGUGUCGGAUGCGGCAGUUCUAACCCCUUGGAAUGGACGGGUCAGGUGACGGUGCGGAAGAAACGCAAACCCUACUCGAAAUUCCAAACACUGGAGCUAGAAAAGGAGUUUCUCUUCAACGCUUACGUGUCGAAGCAGAAACGAUGGGAGCUCGCGCGCAAUCUGAAUCUAACCGAGCGUCAAGUAAAGAUCUGGUUUCAAAAUCGCCGGAUGAAAAAUAAGAAGAACAGUCAACGACAGUCUCAGCAGCAGAACAACAACAACAACAGCACCACCGCAAACAAUGCGAAUCAUCACGCAGCGGCAGGCAGUCACCACCAUCCGAGUACCGCGCACGCGCCACCCUCGAGUCACCACGUGGUUGCGCAGGCGCAUCACGCGAACGGCUCUACGAAACAUCAUCAGUGACCCGUGGCCUUCUCUGGGGUCGUCUUUGGGCAUCAUCAUCACAGCCACACCUCGUCCAAUGGUGGUGGUAGCCACGGGAGCAGUCAUAGCAGCCUCAUAACA